UCCGACAGCACUUUAAACGCAGCAUUAAAGCGAUACUAGUGCCAAACUGGAUCCACUUCAUAUCGAUCCAGAGCGACGGACGGAGAGCGAGGAACGACAACGAUGUUUGAAAAUGUCCCGACGGUGUCCACCGCAGAGCGUCAGCAGGUACUGGGAGCUCUGGAGCGUCUGCAGGCCAAACUGGUGCAGAGGGAGGAGUGGAGCCACAGCGAGACCCUGGGGACCCUGAGGGAGACCCUGCAGAGUCCCCUGUUCAGUCACAUCCUGACCCUGCAGCACUCCAUCAAACAGCUGCGACACCAGGUGAGGAGCACGCCGUCAACACGAUGAACAGAAUCCAGAUCAGAAGGAAAAACACUAAACUACAGAUACAAACUUUACCUGAGAAUAAGAAGAUGAAUAUCUGGAGUACGGACGGGGUCUGAAACUAACACCGCCAAGCACCAAAUGCUGAUUCCAUUGUCUGUUUGGAGAAUAUUUCAGAGCGCCAUCGCCUCGUGGCGGGUAAAUGUUUGUAGAGUUUUACGCUAAUUUGUUGUAGCUGCAGCGUCUGUCUCCUGCUCCUCUCCUGUCUUUAUGUCAGACAACAUACACUGAUGCACAAUCAGGCGCCAGCCACAACGCUCUGCUGUUUUCCUCUGGUGCAAGGGAACGCAGUUGAUCCAUGGUCACACCAGACCGAGUUCUACAGUUUGGUUUGCUCAUGAUCUGUUCUGUGCGGCCUGCAGCUUGCUCCGUCGAAACUAGACUUAUAGAGAAAUAUAUGUGAAAUAUGUGGAAAUUGGCUGAAAAGUCAGGGGCAGCUGUGGAUCAGUGGUUGAGUUUGUCGUCUCUGAACUGGAAGGUCGGGGGUUCAAUCCCCAGCUGCAGCCACGUGACUCUUUACUCAGCAGCCUCUACCAUCAGUGUGUGAAUGUGUAGGUGUGACCUGAGGUGAAAAAGAGCUUUUUUAGUCAGAAGACUAGAAAAGAUCAAGUCCAUUUACCGAUUAGUGAGCAGUGAUAUAAAACCAACAGGUAGCAGCAUGUACCUGAGUUAACAACAACCAGGUGAACACAGGUGUAAGCGUUGAUAUGGAGAGUC